AUGAAACGCCUCACCGCUUGCAUCUUCGAAUGGGAUGCUUCGGAUGUGGAGAGGCUAAAGGAGGCCAAGCGGUCGACAGGCUGCCAGCCCACCCCUAAAGAACUGGCAAAGCAUUGCCGCCGCCGCACUCGAGGGGCCCAGGAGACAGAGCAGCUCACUGAGAAGCUGCUUAAAGACUUUGGUGGAGCUACGGACACCAUGGGCAUCAAGCUCCUUGACCAGGAGAGGAUGCGGGAGAUCUGGCGGACCCAGCAGCGCCACAUGCAGUGCAUCCAGGACCCGCCAGGUGUACAGCUGUACAGGAAGACGGGACAGGUGACCAAGGAUGGGGUCAUUCUACCCGUGUACAGCUGUGCACGUGGCUCGACAUCUCUGGAGUCGUUCCACCUGCACUUGAAUCGCUUCGUGCCAGGUACAAGUGCAAAUGCAUUGCAUUUUCAAAUGUACCUGUUGGAAGGACUGGUGCAGUGGAACGAGGCACGUGGGGUCGCUGCAGUUGAAGGUGCCAGCAGGGAGGAGAUCUGCUAUGGCGGCCAGAUGCUGCAGUACUGUAAUGCACUGAGCCAGCAGCUUCUGGGUCUGAAACUGGCUCAGGAUUACACCAGCCCCGGUGAAUAUACAGGAGAGCUCUUUGGUGUGGAAUAUUUGUAUUCACAAACCAGCAGAGCAUUUGAGGAAGACCUAGGUGUAGAUCCUGACAUUCCAGAUGGGAUUCGGGAUGAAGACCUGCAGGGUGAUCUGGAGGGUGAUGAGGGGAACAGACAGUGGCCCUACAACCUCCUGGUCAGCCCCUCAUCAUCAGCACCAGAGUCUUCCUCUCCUGCCUUGGCCACUCAGAGCCAGAUGGAAAGUGUGGGACCAGAUGGCCAAGCUGGUUAUGACCACGUCAUUAGGCUGGCCGACAGUCUGGUUGACCUGCGCCAUCAGGGGUUUGUCACUCAGGGUAAGGUGGAUGAGAUUGUCAUUCUGUGGAACAACCUGUCAGAUCAUGACAAGGGCACUCUCAUCUAUCCCCCCCGCCACCGUGACAGAGUCCUGAAGGGUCGCUUCAAGGUCAGCCAUUCAAAGACCAGUGUGACCCCUGGAACUGAAAGUCUGAAGAGAUGCUUCCUUGGUAAAGGUGGACCAGCUCAGUGGCCCAGCACAAGCCGGGUAGUGGAAGCCAUCUGCCUGGCUCUAUGCCGAAUUUACCCUGCCGGUCAGACCAUCGCCGGAGUCCGGGUAAACCGAUGGGCUGCCAUCCUAAGGGAUUACAGGAGGAUCCGAGACAUAGUCCUGGGCAGCCCCGGAAUCAUGGCUCAGACAAAACUAAAACUGUUUGAGCUAAACCAGCUUACUAUCUCCCAGUGGCACAAUGCCCGAAUAAAGAGUCAGGAGAGGGAGGUCUUGCAGCAGGACAUUGAGCCUUUUACUGCUCCUUUGGUGGCCCCUGAACAGCUCCCACCGGUACUGCCAAAACUACCGGAAGCAAUCCUGCAUGGACACUCAUCCUUUGAGUUUAAAAUACCACAGGAUGCUUCUGGACAGGCAGCAUCGCGUUCUCGAGGCCAGCUUCCUCCAGGGGGUCAAGUCUCUUCUGCCUCUGCGUCUGUACCUGCUGCUGCUGCACAUACAUCUACCACAGCUACCGCAGCACCUGCCACACUCAUACCUGUUGGUACAGUGCUCAUACCUGUUGUGGGAGCACCUGUACCAGUUGCAGCAGCAGACGAGAAGAGGGUGCCCAGGACCACAGCGUGGCGACGAAAGAAGCUGGUAGAGGCAGCCGCUGCAGCUGCAGCUCAAGGUUUGGCCACUAGGAAGAGAAAAUCACCUCAGCAGUUCCUCUGCCAAAAGUGUUGGCAGCCUAAGACUAAAGAAUUUGGUCACAGCCAGUUCAGGGGUGUCCACUUUUGUGCAAAGGUUUCUGGGAAGACAGUGGCACAGUGGAUGGAGGAGGUCAAGAAAGGAGAGAUAAAAAUAAUCAAGGACACAAUUAAUAUAUCAUAA